AAGUCUACAUGCAUACCGUUCCAGCGUGCGUUAGAUCUCUCUAGCAAUCGCUAUGCUGGUGAGCAACUCGCCGUCCUCAUCAUGCCAAAGGCAAGAGGCAGGCUGACUUUGGCCAGACAGGAACCAGCAAUGCACCUCACGUUCAAUGGCAAUGCUGGACUGUCCAUCGACCAACGAGCAACACGGGCGACCGGGAGCGCACGUCCGAGAAAGGCAGCCUGCAGCUGGGAAGAGGAAUCGGCUCGAUCGGCUGGGCGAGAGCCGGGGAGAAGUUUGACGCCACGCUCUGAUUGGCUCGUGCUAGAGUCAACAGGAAUUCGCGUCCAAACGCCUGAUGGAGCCUGGCAUCGAAGGGAAAGACGACGCGCAUCACGGCCCGGCGGUGUUGAUGCUGGCGAGGAAUACCCAGGCCACCAUCACAAACUGCUCAUUCACUUGUUCAAACGCGAGGAGCGUUGCCUGCCGCGUGCCAAGGUCAGCUGCGUUUUCACUUGCGAGCGCAGCGCUUCGUCGUGUCACCCGUGCGGGUAUUCCCGCCCAGAAGAUUAACUCACUUGGCCAGUCGCUCCUUCAAUCCUCUCUCUCUCCUGCACAGCAACACAUCCAUCAACCUCUCUACUACCCGUCGCCGACUCAUCGCGCAGUCGCCUCCCCGCUGCUAUCCUUCAUCCCCCUCAUCACCUCAGCUCUUUAUUUGCACAUCUGGUGAGGGCUACGCGUCAGGUACACCCUUCACCCACACGUCGCAGCCACCUGCCAGGCCUCUCCCAAUCCCAUACCCAAUCUCCAACAUGGCUGAAGAAGCAACCACGGCACCAUCCACAGUAGACGCGCCGGCGCCACCUGCCCCCGCCGAGCCUGUAGAGCCUCCUACUGCCAACGGCGAGCCCACCGAGGGUACAACAGAAGAUGGGCAGG